AUGAAAAAUUAUACAUCUGUAACUACAUUCAUCCUCCUGGGACAGACUGAUGACCCACACUUGCAGGUUCUACUGUUUUUCUUUCUAUUUAUCACAUACAUGUUGAGUGUAACUGGAAAUCUGACCAUCAUCACACUAACCUAUGUGGAUUCACACCUUAAAACUCCAAUGUAUUUUUUCCUUCAAAAUUUUUCCUUCUUGGAAGUCUCAUUCACAACUACUUGUAUUCCCAUAUUCCUUUAUAGCCUAUCUACUGGAGAUAGGACAAUUACCUAUAAUGCUUGUGCCAGCCAAUUAUUUUUUAUUGAUCUUUUUGGAAUAACAGAGUUUUUCCUCCUUGCCACUAUGUCCUAUGACAGAUAUGUGGCCAUUUGUAAGCCUCUGCAUUAUAUGGCCAUCAUGAACAACAGAGUCUGCAUCAUCUUUGUCCUUUGUUGUUGGACAACAGCUUUGAUGCUGAUCCUUCCACCUUUGAGCCUUGGUUUCAAUCUAGAAUUCUGUGACUCAAAUACUAUCGAUCACUUUUGCUGUGACCCAUCACCUAUCCUGAAGAUCUCCUGCUCAGACACGUGGUUAUUAGAGCAGAUUGUUGUAAUUUGUGCUGCGUUGAUACUAAUGAUCACAUUGGUUUGUGUAGUGCUGUCCUACACAUACAUUAUCAGAACCAUUCUCAAAUUCCCUUCUGUUCAACAGAGAAAAAAAGCCUUUUCUACCUGUUCUUCCCAUAUGAUUGUAGUAGUCAUCACCUACGGUAGCUGCAUUUUUAUUUAUAUGAAACCUUCAGCGAAGGACGAAGUAGAUAUUAAUAAAGGUGUGUCAGUGCUCAUGUCAUCUGUUUCUCCCACAUUAAAUCCAUUUAUUUACACAUUGAGGAACAAACAAGUGAAAGAAGCCUCCAAUGACUUAAUCAAAAGGAUUGCCUUAAUCUCAAAAGAAAAAUAA